AUGGGUGUUGACCUUGAUCACAGAGUUCCCCGUAAACAGAGGCAAGAGCCAAAGACAGCUGAUGCCCAAAUGAAGAUGCUCCACAACCUUUAUGCAUUCCUCGCUCGUCGUACAGGCAACGACUUCAAUGCUAAGAUUGCUCACCGUCUUUGCAUUUCCCGCACAAACAGGCGCCCAUACUCUCUUAGCCGCCUUGCUACAGCUCUUAACGGCAAGGAAGCUGAGACAAUCGCCGUUCUUGUUGCUAAGAUCACCAACGAUGAACGCCUCCUUGAAGUUCCAAAGAUGAAGGUUUGCGCUCUUAAGUUCACAGAAACAGCUCGCGCCCGCAUCCUUGCUGCUGGUGGUGAAUGCAUCACAUUCGAUCAGCUUGCUCAGCUCCGCCCAACAGGUGACAAGUGCCUCCUUCUUGAAGGUGAUCGCACACGCCGCCUUGUUAACAAGCACUUCGGCGCUGCCCCAGGUGAUGACAACUCCAAGACACGUCCAAAGGUUGCUUCUCACGGCCGUAAGUUCGAAAUGGCUCGUGGCCGCAGGAAAUCGAGGUGGUACCACGCUUAA